AUGGCACCUAAGACCAAGAAAGCGCAGGUGCCUCCUCUGACUUGUACAACACUGCUGGAAGAUGAGGAGACUAAGUGCCCUAAGCCGCGAACCCAUGGAAACCCGGUCGAACGCUGCCAGAUGCACCAUAAACAAUACAUAAAGCUGACGAAGAAAUACAAGCAAGCCGCCCAGUUUGUAGACAAGACGCUUGGUGAGGCAUUGAUCCCCACCAAGGAAGAGAUCUUGUCAUACGACAGCAUCCACGACACAUUAGAGAAGGCGCGCUUGAUGAAAAAGUACGUCAGCGCUAUCAGGCAGGAAAAACUUGGUCGAGAAGUUCACCACCGAAGACUCUUUUUGAAAAUCGACAGUGGCCAUAAGAUACGACUCAAUUUACUUGCAAAGAAGAUGUCCGAGGCCGUUGAAAUUCGCGAUGCCUUAGAAGCUCGUGCGCUGACUCUUCAUAUGAAGAACGAUACAGGACGGGAAGAGAUGGAGGAGUUUCAAGCCCUUCCCUUGGACGGUCUCGAAUCAGAAUCAGCGAUUGAUGUCUCCCCCAAGGCGAUCGCAGAGUAUUACGAUCGCUCUAUCGGCGAAAAGGCAGGCGGGGAGCAAGGCAAUGAUACUCUUCAAGAGGAUGAUUUGAUCGAUUUGAAACUACGAAGGCAUGGCGUCUACUUAACUACUGACAAAAUCCUCUACUGCCUGGAAAUAUUACUGGAGCCUGAAGCCUUCAUGAAAUCGUUUUACCACAAAACGACAGGGGAGGUAUUGAAGGAAACUGCUCAUGAACUGCGGUCUAUGGAAAUAUUCAAAUAUGCCACGCAGCAGUACGCUCGUCGAAUCCUUUUCCACGAACCUACUUUGUACCUAAAGACCCUCGACAAAGUCUCUUUCAAAGACCUUUUCAUGGAUGAUGAUUUCGACCUCGACGAUUUGAUUAGAUUCAUGAUUGUCUUUAGCAAACGGUUGGAGUUUGGUCUACUGUGGUGGAAGGACUCGGUGAUAGAGGCCCUCGCAUUAGCAGUAAGGCCGGGAAGCAAUACUGCUAAUUUAGGAGAUCUCGGCAACCGUUUCAAAAUAGUUGGCGGAUGGAUAUACAACCGCUCUCACAAAGGGACAACAACUGACGAAGCUUGGUGGGUCAUCUUGAACUCCUUCAAGGGCGAACCGACGAAAAAUAUUGAAAACCGUUUUGUUCGUCUAUGCAAUAGUUUUGACGAUCUCCAUGCAUUCCUUUCCUUCGCUGCUCUUGGAUUACUUGAAUCUCCAUCUUUCUGCACGAAACAUUCGUAUGAUCUGCGAGGUAUCAGAAAUCAUAUGAGUUUCUGCGGCGUCCUCAUCACUGACAUGGUCAGUACGGGAAUGGGGAACCUUCCUCCUGGACCACUUCCGAGUACAAAACCAGCUUCGCGACCUGGCUACAGGACGUGGGUCUGUGUGGAAUCUCGGUCGUACAUGUUUGGAGCGGUUCGCAAUGAGCCCGAUGACUUCGUCGAUGCCUUUCUGAAAGAGCUCCGCUGUAGACCGGACAUGUUUUAUGUGGUAACGCGCUCAGAGACUGCUCCGGGCAGGGAGGUUGAGACAUUUGGGACUGUAUCUGCCCAAAUGAGAAGUAGGAUGUUCGAAGCACGGAUAGGUGAUUCCGCUCCAAGGGUCCAAGGAGAGUGGUCCGUUACGCGAAGCGCGACUGACGUCCUAUACGGUACGGGAGAGAGAAAGGUUGUCAAAGGAUUCGAAGGGCUUGGAAGUGUGCCCCCAGGAAUUGUUGGUUACUUGACGGCAUUGGAUCGUCCCAAAAGUGCAGGAUGGUUCUUCCACUUCAAAAAGUUUCCAGUCAAGUAUUUUGUUAUAAUGGACGCGGAACCCAACCGCCAGGUUUCGCAUUUGGCGAGGAAUGUAGCUUGGGCUGCUUUUCGUGCGCAGGGCAGAGUGACAGGGAGCUACGGCGCAGAGUUGUACGCAAGGGCUUCAGACAAGUUGGUCCAAGAACAUGCUAAAAAGCGUCUGUCAGAGUUCCUCCCUUCAGAUAGCUGGUAUGUUGGGAACUUGCAUGGUAGUUAUUGA